AGUACAACGCUAGCUGACGUCUCGGCAGUAUCGCCUUCUUCAGAGCCACAUGCGACUAUAAUCAGCUGUUCUAAACUUCCUCAUUGGAAGUCACGAAAAAUGUCACAUAUUGAACGCGUUGCUGGUGUUCUUCCGUGGAUAGUGUGCGGAAUUUGUGUGCUGCUUGGUUUCUUCUUGUUUUUGAUUCCAUGGUGUUUCUGUUGCCUACCGUUCUGUGUGGAUCAGUGCCUUGACGUAGUGCACUCUUGUCCGGCGUGCAAACGAAAUCUCGGUCGCUUCAAUCGGGUGUAA